AUGUUUUGUUACCUUCUCGCUCGGCUAUCUCCAAACACCAGAAUGAUCAAUAGCGUUGAUGUGUUUGUUUCUGCUUCUACGGGGUCCAAGCUGAGGUUUAUAAUUGCCGUUGGGAAGUGUCGGGUCUCGCACGGGCAGUCUUGCAUUGUAUCCUCUGGUACGAUUGACGUUUCUUCAUCACAACCAGUCCAAGCAACACGAAGCAGAGUAAGGGCCGAGCAUUAUCGACCUGCAUCUUUCUCUGUCUCGGUUCCGGGUCGAUCAGCUGCAGAGAUCUACAAACCCGCCUCACGACUUCUUGCCUCCGUUUUGCGCUCGACCAGUGUACCGAGUACUUCACCCUUCCUCCACCUGCCAGAGUUUCACGUUUUGCAAUACUACCUGUCAACCAGUUUGGUCGUUGGAAAGGCGGACCUGCUUACAUUCAUCAAGUGUGACGAGACUAAACCAACAUGUAACCAAUGCGCCAAAUCGAGGCGUGUAUGCCCGGGAUACAAAGACGACUUUGAUCUGGUCUUUCGCAACGAGACGCAAGCUACCGAGAGGAGGGCCCGGAGAUCAGGCAACAGCAAGAGGGUAGCUGCCCAGAUCAGCUUUGCGACCCAGCAAUCCGCCUUCUCAUCGUCGCCUAAGGAUGAGAGCAGCCCUGAAAGAUUACCAACGCUGAUAGCCCCAAACCCCGGAGUGGAAGCUUCGCGCGCACUGGUACCCACGGGAGGACUGCGUACCCUACAGGUCCCCCUCGAGAUCCAAGCCCCUAACUUCUUCGUAAACAAUUUUGUCAUUGCGCCUCGGCAUGAGUCAAGAGGCUAUUUUGAUUUCCUGUUGCCGAUGCUGAAAAAUGAGAGGCCGGAUUCGCACCUGCAGCUUGCGUUUGGAGCCGUCGCGAUGGCUUCAUUGGCGAACAGGCCGAACACGAGAGGGCAGAAACACCUGUUCAGUCAGGCCGUUGGCCAAUAUACGAAGGCGCUCAAGGCGACGAACUUGGCUCUCCAGAGUGCGGCACAUCAGAAGACGGAUGCGACCCUCGCCGCCAUUCUGAUGCUGGGAUUCUUCGAGACAGUUGCGUCGGAGAGGACGAGUGCGAUGGCUUGGUACUCACAUGUUGACGGAGCGGUUCAACUGGUCAAGAUGAGAGGGAAGAAACAGUUGAGAACUAAAACCGGUUAUUCUCUAUUUACCGCCGUGAGACAGCAGAUGCUUGUAUCGACUCUGUCGGGGUCCAAACCCCUAAACAUGGGAACGGAUUGGUGGACUGUCGACAUCGAAAGAGACAGAAUCGGGAUGUUUGCCACUCGGAUGAGCUGCAGAGUCGCGGAACUCCGACACGAGCUUAACAAUGCUCUGUCGAAUUUCCCUCGCACGCCCGAAUACUUUGAGCACGUCGCCGACAUCAUGCACCGCGCCGAGGACCUGGAGAAGGAGUGUCAGGAAUGGGAAACGAGCCUACCUGAUGAGUGGAGAUCGCGGGCCGUCGCCUGGGUAGACCAGGUCCCGGGUGGCGAUCUUACGAAAGCGGAGGUGUUCCCCGGCAGAGUGGAUAUGUACAGCGAUGUCACGAUUGCCAACAUCUGGAACCAGCUCCGGGUCGUGAGACUCUUUAUCUCAGGUAUUGUUGUCCGUUGCGCGGCUUGGAUCUGCGCACCAGUGGACUACCGUACCACGCCCGAAUACGCACAAGCCGUGAGGCUGUGCGGCGACCUCAUCACGGAUGUCGUUGCGUCUACGCCAUAUCAUCUGGGCUGGCGGGUCGGCCAAGGUGGUAUGCUCAAGUCCGGGGACUUUGCGAGCUUCGAGGCUGGUGACGGCGGCGUCACGAGCGCCAAAGCCAUCGGUGGCUUCUUCAUGAUGUGGCCGCUCUUUUCCAUCUCAAAUACCGACUACAUCUCGGACUCCCAGCGGAUAUGGGCCAAAGGACGUCUAGUGUUCGUGAGCGAGAUGCUUGGGUUGAAUCAUGCCAAGGUGCUCAGUGGUUUCUAUCUGCGCUUGCCGAGUAUGAUCAUUCGGAGAGAUAUCAUGAUGAGCAUGGUGCCUUCUAAUAUGGGGACGGGCGCUGUCGUGAGAGCCUUCUCGCCGCCCGUGGCGGCCAAUAUGCCACAGCAUAUUACGACUAGCACGAUCAGUAAACUCGCUAAAGAGCAUGGAUUCAAUACCAACAGUCAACAGCAACAGCUUCCCUAUGGCAAAGCCAGCCCUCCGCAAAACUACGCUGCGAGCCAGAGCUACACUGCCAAUCAGCCGGUGCUCGACACCAGUUCUGAGCAGCACUACAUCCCGAACCAAAACUCGAGCACCUCCUCCCCCCAGAACUACACUACCGAUACCCAACAGUGCUUCCCCGACGGCACCGGCCACACCGCGAUGGAGAACGCGCACGCGGAGAUGUCAUCGGCCAUGUCGUCGGCGACGAGCGGGCUGCCCACGUACGCCAUGACCCCGCUGCAGCAGCGCGAGGCGAUGCUCAAGGAGAACUGGGAGAACGAGAGGAGGAACCUGCUGAAGAAGGCGAGUAACCAGCAGGGCGAAUCGGUGGAGCGGCUCCUGGCGAACUACUUUCUGGUCUGA